UUUUGGGGGCAAGUGACUUAAUUCUUCUGUGCCUUGGUGUCCUCUUGUGCAAAAUGGCAGGUCAACUCCUGAGACCUUCCUGGCUUUAGAAUUCUAGCUAUUCCCAUGUUGGAUGCAGGAGGACACGGCAAAAUUACUGUAGCCCUUUCUUGGCCAUUGUCCACUGUGUGAGGAUGGUCACGGCCCUUCUCUCUGAUUUCUCUGCAGAUGAGUACCUCAGAGUCCUCAAUGUGGCUGUGGCCGAGGUGAGGAAAUCCUUCUUGGGGCCCUUGUCCCCAUCCUGCAAGAUGGUGCCGAUGAUGAGGCAGUUUCUGUACCAGGUUCUGCCUGAGGACUCUUACAAGUUCACCACGGGGAAGCUGCACGUGGGCCUCACCCGGUUCACGGAUGGAGAGAGCGUUGUGGUUUCAGAGUAUACGUCUAAGGAAGAGCUCAUAGAGGCCCUGUAUUGCAGCUGCUUCGUACCCAUAUACUGUGGCCUCAUCCCCCCGACCUACCGCGGUGAGCAUUUCUUCCUCUGCCCACCCCACCCACAGAGGUACAUCGAUGGGGGCUUCACCAGCAUGCAGCCCUGUUCCUUCUGGACAGACUCCAUCACCAUUUCCACCUUCAGCGGGCAGCAGGACAUCUGUCCCCGGGACUGCCCCGCCAUCUUCACCGACUUCCGUAUGUUCAACUUCUCCUUCCAGUUCUCCCUGGAGAACAUCACCAGAAUGAGCUAUGCACUGUUCCCCCCGGACCUGCAGGUCCUGCACAAUUACUAUUACCGAGGGUAUGAGGACGCAGUUUUAUACUUGAGGCGGCUGAAUGCUGUUUACCUUAAUUCUCCCCCCAGGAGAGUGAUUUUCCCCCGGGUAGAAGUAUACUGCCAGAUAGAACUCGCCCUUGGCAGUGAGGGCCCUGAACCCAGCCAGCCACGCCUCCAAACAGAGCAAGCCCAUCUGGAAGAAUCCAUGCAACUUCGUGCACAGUGGGCUCCCAAAGAGGAUGGGAAGGGUAGCAAUAGCCCACCCAUGUCCCCACCUGUGCAGACACCUGAAUCCACUUGUGGGUGGCAUGUGGAGUCACCAGUUUCAACACCUGAAUCUUCAUUUGAGCAGUCACUUGCAUCACCACUGGCCUUAUCACCUUCACAUUCUCCAGAAGACUUGUCACCUGUAACACCUGUACCACCCCCAGCUGUGCAAUUAUCAGCCAGCUUAACAUCUGACUCAUCACUACCCAUUACACCACCUGAGCUGCCACGUGUGUUACCACAACAGCAGGUACGACCGUCUGGAUCACCACCCAGAUCUUCGUCCUGCCAGUUAUCCACAUCUCCCAGACCAUCUCUGGGGCCUUUGACUGUGAAAGCACUCCAAACAUCGCCCCCGUGUUCUCCUUCAACAUCACCUGCACAGCUACCUAUAGAGGAACUAGACCCAGAACAGCUCCCGGCUGUAGCUCCCCUUAGUGCUUCAAAUCCGAAAAGCGCCACACCUCUGGUUAAUGUGAAAGAAACCAUCUGCAAGCCUUGUGUGAUGGAGAGCCCUGCCGAAGACUCAAACUGGGCGAACAAGUUGUUCAAGAAGAACAAGCAAAAGACAAGUGGCACCAGAAAAGGCUUCCCAAGACAUUCACGACGCAAAAAAUCAAGCGGCAGAGUGCAGUGAGCCUGGCUAAUGUUUCCUAAAUUUCGCAGGGGAUGGUCUGCAGGAGGGCUCCAAGGAGCAGAGCGGGAGCCAGUAUGGAGUGGGAGUUAGGAGCUUGGACUUUGGAGUCAAACACACCUGACAUAAAAUCUUGCACUGCCACCUUCUGGCUCCGUGAUCAUGAUUAGGACGCCUGGUCUCUCCAAGCCUCCAUUUCCUGAUCUGUAAAAUGGGAAUAAUACCAACUCUUAAGGUUUUCGUGCAGGUAAAAGGAAAUCAACUAUGUAAGUUGCUUAGCAGAGUGCAGAGUGUGUAAUAAGCCCUCAACAAUUAGGAGGCAUUAUGGUUCUAUAACCCCCACAGGUUAACCUCUCAGCUUCUGAACAGAAAUGUACUCAAAAAUCAAACUAGACAGGUGGGUGGCUACAUGACCCUCAACAGGUAGAACUCCAAACUGAUGCCAACUUACAAUUAAAAGCCUUAAUCAAUGUAGGCCUGCUUCUUAUAGCUCCUUG